UUGACCUCUGGGGGGUCGAUUCUAAAUAGUCCGCUGACCAUCUGAUUGUAGCAUUCACUUUUACUUUCAUCAAGAUCAUUAUCGUGGUUUAAUCAAUUGAGCACUUCAAAAUGGGUAAAAUUCUUAUGGUCCUCUAUGACGGCGGCGAGCACGCCAAGCAACAGCCCGGACUCUUGGGUACCACCGAGAACGAGCUUGGAUUGAGAAAGUGGUUGGAGGAACAGGGCCACACUCUCGUCACCACCUCUGAUAAGGAGGGUGAGAACUCUACCUUCGACAAGGAACUCGUUGACGCCGAAGUUAUCAUCACCACACCGUUCCUUCCACCCCGCUAUCUCACCGCUGAGCGCCUGGCUAAGGCCAAGAACCUCAAGAUCGCUGUCACUGCUGGUGUCGGAUCGGAUCACGUUGACUUGAACGCUGCCAACAAGACUAAUGGCGGUAUCACUGUCGCUGAGGUGACUGGCUGUAAUGUCACCUCUGUCGCGGAACACGUUGUGAUGACCAUCCUAACCCUGGUCCGUAACUUUGUCCCCGCUCACGAGCAGAUCACCCGCGGUGAGUGGGACGUUGCUGCUGUCGCUAAGAAUGAGUUCGACUUGGAGGGUAAGGUCGUCGGAACUGUUGCUGUCGGCCGUAUUGGCGAGCGUGUCCUCCGUCGCCUUAAGCCAUUUGACUGCAAGGAGCUUCUCUACUACGACUACCAGCCCCUUAGCCCCGAGGUUGAAAAGGAGAUCGGCUGCCGUCGUGUUGACUCCCUCGAGGAGAUGCUUGCUCAGUGCGAUGUUGUCACUAUCAACUGCCCCUUGCACGAGAAGACCCGUGGCUUGUUCAACAAGGACCUGAUCUCCAAGAUGAAGAAGGGCUCGUGGCUCGUUAACACUGCCCGUGGUGCCAUCGUUGUCAAGGAGGAUGUUGCUGAAGCUGUCAAGUCUGGCCACUUGAGAGGCUACGGUGGUGAUGUCUGGUAUCCCCAGCCCGCCCCGAAGGACCACCCACUCCGCUAUGUCCAGGGCCCAUGGGGCGGUGGUAACGCCAUGGUUCCUCACAUGUCUGGUACCUCGAUUGACGCACAGAUCCGUUACGCUCAAGGCACCAAGGCUAUUCUCGAGAGCUACUUCUCUGGCCGUCAUGACUACAGGGACCAGGAUCUCAUUGUUCGCGGCGGUGAUUACGUUACUAAGGCCUACGGUCAAAGGAACAAGGCUUAGGUCUCUCCAAUCACUUUGGAAUGAAUGGGUUAGAAUGUUUCUUAGCGUAUGCUUCUGAUCUGAACAGCCCUUCAAGGAUCAGGGCGAUGUUUACUUAUGAUACCUAAAAUUCAUAUUAUCUUGUUUUUACCUGUUAUUGG